UAUAUCCGUUAAUCUGAAGAUUUUCUGCUGCAUUCUGUGGAAGAAGAAGAGCAACAGAGAAGAAGAUGAAGAUCAUCCUCCUUGUAUUUUUAAUCUGCUCAUGUCUGGCUGUGAGGGGAAUAAAUCCAUGUGUUUCUCCAAGUGUGCCUAACGCCCAGCCGACGAGUGAUUUAAAGAACUUCUAUAGUUCUGGAGAAGCUGUUACAUUUGUAUGUGACCGCGGCUAUGGGUUUGAAGGAACACAUUAUGCAGUUUGUGAUGAUGGAACUUGGUGGCUGCCGGUGUGCAAAAAUGCAACAUGUGCUGCUCCACAUGUGGAAAACGGCAAACCUGAAAAAGAUUUAGAAUCAUCCUAUGCAGGUGGAGACACUGUUAAAUUUGUAUGUGACCGCGGCCAUGGGUUUGAAGGAACAUCUUACGCCCUCUGUGACGAUGGAAUCUGGAGGCUGCCGGUGUGUGAAGUCCGUGAUUGUGGCGCUCAACCCCACAUUGAAAAUGGAGAUUUCACCGAGUUACCAACUGGAACAGAAUUACGAGUUAAUUGUAAAGAAUUAUAUAAACGAGUGGGACCUGAAACAGUGAAAUGUGCUUCCGGAGGGUGGACGGAGCUCCCAGUGUGUAAACCACCGUGUAAAGUGGACAAGAGCCGCAUUAGUUCUAGUGAUCCUGAUGAAUAUGUGCUGGAGGGUCAAAGAAAGAUUUUGAACUGUCCUUCAGGACAUUCUAAGAUAAAUGUCCAGUGCACUAAUGGUCAAGUAAUCUAUAGUCAUUGUCUCGACGGCCAGUGAUCUGUAUCGACGGCUCGAUCGGACAAACCGACACCUGCAGAGCUGAAAAGAAGAAAACGUCUUUCAGCUUGACUCUGUUGGAGGAUUAACUCGUUUUACUCCUGACUUAUUAAUCAGCUGUUAAUGUCUGGUAACUAGAGUGGAAUGUAAAGGAGGAAUGUAAAUCUGGAGCACUAAUAAUCGAAUAAAAACAAACAUAAAAUAUAAAA